GUCGCGACUCGGAAGUAUCCAAAUAUGGAGAAGAAGAAAAGCCAAGAAAUGAAAUGACAAUUACGCCCCUAUAUGGACAUAAGCAUCAACGUUGGCGACCUGGACCAGGCCGAGCACGGUGUUGAACACGGUGCCGACUGCGCGGAGGGUGCCGACAAGGAGACCAGUGGUGGCGGAAAGCACAGGGCAGACAGCGGCAUCGAGCGGAAGCUUGAUGUUGAUGUUGCAUGGAAUCAGCGGCGAGCCAAGGAGGAGCCCCGGAAGAGCAGGUAUGGUGAUGGUGUAUCCUCCAGUGGCGUUGGUGGUGCCAAUGCCAACGACGGUGCUGUGCAGCCCAAGAAUGGUGCAGUUCAACCGGACCCCCACGUUAGCCAGGCCUUGGCCGGGGCAGUUGCCGCUGCCUGUGCAGCAAAGGAGGCCGUUCACGGUCAGACCAUUCAAGAUUUAACCUGAGGAUGGGCUUGCGCCGCCCAAGAGGAUGAGAGCGGCGACAAAGACGAGGAGGGUGGUGGGGUUACAGGCCAUUGCUGGUGGUAGUGGUGUGGGGAUUUUAUGUGGUUCUAGUAAGCAAGUUUGCUUGUUGAGUUUUGGUGUUUGUAGUAUGUGGGAAACUAGUCCUAUUUAUACAGUCCAGUGUGUGUCUUCAACUUGUGCAAUAUAUCCCCUCUAUGCCUCAAGCUCCAGGCACAGAUGCUAUAAAAGAAAAUUUUAUAAUAAAA